AUGUCCCAGCUAGUUGACAGCUUGUUUCGCUUCUACGUAAAUCCGCCACUGCAUGCAAUUGGGAAGCAACUUCCGAGGGUUGCGCGCGGGCCGUUUGGGGCGCUCCAACCACGGGGCUUGGGGGAGGAGCGCGGGGAGGAGCGCCACCGCGCGCCCGGGGCGCACGCGCUGCGCGGUGACCAAGAUGGUGCCCUGCGCCUCCCCUGCGCUCCUGGUUGCCGCUUCGGCCGCGCGCAGCUUGCGCGCCCCGCUCCGCCCGGGCCCGCGGCUGCUGCUGCUUUCCCGCGGCUGCGGCGGCGCCUCGCGCGCCCUCUGCGCGCCCGGAGGUGCGGCGCCGGCGGCGGUGGCCCCGGAGAGCCCUCCGCGUCCUGGGCCUGGUACGAAGCUUUGUCGACCUCGGCGCCCGUGGCGUGGAUGGAGUCGAGCCUGGUGGCGCUGCAGGCCGCGUCCGGGCUGCCCUGGUGGGCCGCCGUGGUCGCCGCCAGCGCCCUCCUGCGCACCGGCGUCACCCUCCCGCUCGCCGCCCUGCAGAGCCGCGUCCUCGCCAAGCUGGAAAACCUGAAGCCUGAAAUCCACAGCCUAGCCAAGCACCUUCGCUAUGAAGUUUCCGUUUGUGCAAAACAAUGGAGUUGGUCUGAAAAGGAAGCCAGGUUCCAUUUCAAGAAGAAUCUGAAAAGGAUUGUUUCCGAGUUGUACGUGCGAGACAACUGCCACCCUUUGAAGGCCACCUUGCUCGUAUGGAUUCAGAUUCCAAUGUGGGUCUUCGUUUCCAUGGCUUUGCGCAACUUCAGCAUUGGCAGAGCAGCUGCUGACGGGUUCUUAAUUCAGGAGCAGCUUUCCACAGGAGGGAUCCUCUGGUUUCCGGAUCUCACUGUACCUGACUCAACUUGGAUUCUGCCAAUCACUCUUGGACUCCUCAAUCUGCUGAUAGUGGAGAUUUUUGCUUUGCGGAAAACUGAACUGUCUCGGCUCCAGAGGUAUGGCACUAACUUCUUCCGAGGUGUCUCGGUGCUUAUGAUUCCAAUCGCUGCAACUGUACCAUCAGCAAUGGCUUUGUACUGGGUCUCCUCGAGUUUCAUGGGCCUUUCGCACAACCUCCUGCUUCGUUCCCCUGCUUUCCGUCGACUCUGCCACAUACCCCGGACCAAGUCUGAUUCAGACACUCCUUACAGAGAUAUUGCUGCUGGAAUCUAUGCAAAGUAUUUCCCAAAGUGAAACACUCUUUCAGAAGACCUGUGCUAUGUUUAGAUUUGGAAUUGAGCUGUGCUCUGCUAUAAAAGACUUAUUUAAUGUGGCUCCAUUGGACUGAU